AUGGUUGGUGUCAAGCCAACUCCCCGUCUCCCUCCGCCAGGGAAAGCCGGGAUUCGACGGCCUCCAGUCGAGCGCCUGGCGAGCUUGAAAAGGCCCAAUCCUACUCCCAUACGACGCCCGCAGUCUAUCCACGUCCCUCAGAAUCACCAGCAACAGCAACAGCAACAACAAGCGCAAAAGUCGGGUGCGACCGUACCGCCUAAAACAUCGAAAUGUCCGAAUCCAAGCUGUCCGGAUCCGAAUAUUGUAGAGGAUGACGGACAGAAAGUUUGUGCCGGGUGCGGUACUGUCAUCAGCGAGUCCAAUAUCGUCUCAGAAGUUACAUUUGGUGAAGCUUCGUCGGGAGCUGCUAUCGUUCAAGGUACCUUUGUUGGUGCAGACCAGAGUCACGGACGCAGUUUUGGUCCGGGAUUUCAACGUGGUGGUGGCAUAGAAAGUAGAGAAAUCACCGAGCAGAAUGGAAAUCGGUAUAUCGCACAGCUCUCACGGGCCUUGAACAUCCCAGAGAGUGCCUCGAAAGCCGGGGGGCAAGUGUUCAAGCUUGCGGUAGGGCUGAACUUUAUCCAGGGACGUCGAACAAAGACUGUUGCAGCAGUAGCUCUUUAUAUUGCCUGCCGACGUCAGGAUGGAAACACGGUCAUGUUAAUUGACUUUGCGGAUGUACUUAUGAUCAAUGUAUUCAAACUCGGCAGAGCCUACAAAGCACUUCUUGACGAGCUGAAACUAGGGGGGAACCAUUUUAUCAUGAAUCCAAUCGACCCGGAGAGCUUGAUAUACCGAUUCUCAAAGCAAUUAGAAUUUGGCCCUGCCAUGAUGCAGGUCGCCAGUGAGGCUGUCCGAAUCGUUCAGAGAAUGAACCGUGACUGGAUGAUUACUGGUAGACGACCGGCAGGUAUAUGUGGCGCUGCUCUCAUCCUUGCCGCACGAAUGAACAACUUCCGCCGUACUGUCCGUGAAGUAGUCUAUGUCGUUAAGGUGACAGAGUUGACCAUUCAUCAGCGACUAAAUGAGUUUAAGGCUACAGAAAGCGGUGGUCUGACCGUUGACGAGUUUCGAUCCGUGCAGUUAGAAACGUGUCAUGACCCACCCUCUUUCUCGCACUCCAAGGACAAGAAGGCAACGGCGCAAGGCAAAAAAAGAAAAGCUGCCGAAGUUGAAGCCGGGGUUGAUGCUGAGCAGAGUGAAGCAUCUCUUAGUGCAACCCAGAGUAAAGCUCCUCGAGUUGACGCAGAUGGAUUUGCCAUCCCCGAAAUUCCCAUCGAUCCGGCACUACUAUCAUCCGACAAGCAGCAUGAGCCAUCCAAAAACGUAGGCACGGUUGGCGAGCCUGGCCUUCAAAGUGACGGGAAACGUACGAGGCCUAAGGGCAGCAGAAAUGCACCCUACCCCGAACCUACGGAAUCCGAGCUGGCCUCAGAGUCUGCUUUAGAAGACGAGAUGACGGCCCUCUUGUCUUCAAGUUCCGAUCUUGUCACUAGUACCACGAAACCAGCAACGGAAACCACCAAUGCCGAAGUAACGACACAACAUACAAGUACCACUAACGGCGAUAACGGCACCGACCACCAGAAUGCCGAAACAAAUACAGCUGCCGAUGACUCUACAACACCACCUCAAACUCAACAACCAGUAUCUUCAGAUAUCGAAAUUAACCCCUUGGAAUUUGAGGAUGAUCCAGAAGUCCAAUUCUGCCUACUUUCUCCCGCUGAGGUUGAAAUCAAAGAGCGGAUCUGGGUCCAUGAAAACAAAGACUACCUUCGUACCCAACAAGCAAAAGCACUCCGAAAAGCCCUUGCUGAAGCUGGCUCAGAUCCAUCAAGAUCAGGCGCCCAUCGACCGCGAAAACGCCGGAAGGGUCGUAUAGGAGAUGUCACAUAUCUAUCGGGAGAAUCAAAGAAUGCAGACGGCGAGUCUGUGGCUGGAUCACGAGCUUCAACUCCAGCAGAAGCAACGAGGCUCAUGCUUGAAAGACGCGGAUUCAGCAAGAAGAUCAACUACCAACUUUUCGAGCAGAUGUACGGCGACAAUGACGAGGCAGCCAAUGAAGAAGGUGGAAACAUCAUCACAGUCAAGAGGAAAGACAGCGAAAGCGACGGCAGCCGCCGAAGCAGAAGCCGAAGCGUUAGCGUCAGCCGAAGUGUUCGCGGCUCGAGCAUCGCCUCUGAAGGAGGAGGCAUAUUCGGUGGACGGGCGUCAGGUAACAGGUCGAAGUUACUCAAACCGAUCCGAACACCCGUGAAAUCCACCAUGAAGAAACCUGCUGUUCCGGCAGUGGCGCCAGCAUCAACCAGCUCAAGUAAACCAGCCAUUGAACCUACCUCCAAGGAAACCUUACAGCCAUCAGCGACGCCUACAGCUGCGUCUAAUAAGGUAUCUACCGCGGCGAAGGCGGCUCCGGCUCCGGCUCCGGCACCAGCGAAACAGCAGCCACAGUCUACGGACCCCAACGAGGAGAUCCUAGGCUAUUUGCCCGAUGCUGAAGAGGAUGAGCUACCUGCUGGAGCAGAGGAUGUCGAUGAAGACGACGAAGAGGAAGAGGACGAGGAAGAGGAGGACGAUGGUGUCGAGGCUGCGUUUGCUGGGAAUUAUUACGAUGAAGGCAGCGACGGAGGGUAUGAUGAUGAUUAUUUCUAG